GUGGAGACUUGGUACUUGCAAGUAAAAGGAUUGAAGGGUGCGCGUGAGGCGUAUCUGAAGAAAAGGCGUACCCUGCAGAAAGAUCCUCUCAGUGUUGCCAUGGUUGAGCACUUGGAGAAAGUCGUCAUGGCAGACAGGACGCCAUUGGGUGCUGGAGAAGGUGCUGAUUGGUUGCGACAGUUAUUGCAGGUUUCUGGCAUUCCAAGUGGAUCCAUGGGGAACAUUGGAACUCAUUCCCUCAAGGCCACGACACUCAGUUGGAUGGCUAAGUUUGGGGCGCCCAUCAGUAUCAGGCAGCACUUGGGUUACCACAUGCCGAGUGCAGACAAGAUGGCACUUCUGUAUUCUCGUGAUGCAUCAGCUGGACCCAUCCGUAAGUUGGAAGAAUGCCUUGCUGAGAUCAGGGCAAAGUCUUUUGUCCCAGAUGCCACGCGUUCUGGUUAUUUUCCAAUGCAAGCACAACGACCUGAUCCUGAUGUUGAGCAGGACCUUUUUGGACGUGGUUCACAUGAGCAUGACAGGGCAACUGAUUUCAGUGAUUCAGAUCCAGAGGAUUCUAGGGAUGAUGAGCAUGCCUUCGAAGAGCAGCGGUUGAAUGAAGAGGCCAUGGACCACGUCGUAGGCCCUUGGGAUGAGCAUGCAACAUUGGAAUCCUUGGGCCUUCAUGAAGAUGCCCCGCUUUUCAGGCUCGCCAUUAAAAGCCACGAGAGCAUCGCCCUGGAUCGGUGUGCCAUUGAAUCACUGCAUGUCCUAAUGGACAGACUUUCUUCUGGAGAACCUCGAACGAUCCCGUGCUGCGACCAGAGGCGUCAGGCAAUUUGUCCUCUGACCGGAGUCCCUCUUGUAGACUUGUAA